AUGUCUUCUAUCCUAGACACGAUGUUGCCCCACACUUCUGACCUCGCGUCCUCCGAUCGUCCCGAAGUUCGAGCUCUAUUAGAUGAGGGCAUCUCCGCCGAUGAGAUCAAUGCCAUGGGGGUUGACCUGGUGUGUCGACUGAGACAGUGUAUGCGACCGACAUGGAUACCAUUUCAUGAUGUUGCCGAUAUGGUCGCGCAUUGGCGCACUCAUCUUUCCCACAGACAAGAAUUUGAGAUUUAUCGGGAGUGGGACUGGGAGGUGGUUUUCGACGAGGAUUCCGAGAAUAAGGGCAAACGGCGUGCUGCCACCCCAGGACCAUCCGAGGAGGUAGUACGCCCAACAAACCGAAGUCGCCCCAACAUCCAUACGACGAAUUUUGUUAGUCCUCGCCCAGUCCGCGUCCGUCGCAUGGACUGGCUACACGGGCCCUUGCGUAGCAGUCCUAGGCCUCUACCAGGGCCUGCACACCCGCCUCAGUCCGUGAGGCGCUCCUUACAAAUGACACCACUCUUCCAGAUUUCCCAGGCUGCUACUCCGCCAACCGCGUCUCAUCACCAUGCGGCUUGGUCGUAUCACCACAUUUCUGGGACGGAUAUCUUGUCGGGGAACUCGUGGACAUCUUCUCUCGACAACAACUAUCGUUCUCUACUGGGGCGCCCUUCUGCUGUCCACGAGGACCUGGGAGCACUGGAGCAAGAUUUUCGGGCUCCGUCGCCACCGUCCAUCCAGGAAAACUUCACGAACGGUGCACAGCCCGCCUUAAGUGUGACAGACUUCGUGGAAUUAUUCAAUCGGGGCUUUUACCAGCUGGACUUUCUCGAUUCCGGCAAUGCUCCGGACUCAGAACUCAGGGCUGAUGUGGCAUCUACUCGCUACAUGCUGGGUACAGCAGGACCUGCCGAGCUUAGCUUCACUGGAGGAAUUAACUUGGACGAUCCCGCCCCCGUCAUGGAGCCAUGUGUCCUUGUGCCGCCGCUACAACCUGCUACGGAGGAUCUCGGUCUGCCUGCGAGCGCAGCCCCCACACAUGGUACUAUCCGCUUUAACGAAGUAAUGGCUCCGGCCGCUGGAGAGCUUGACCGCUUGGAGUCCCUGCUGCUCCUGGCUACUGAUUUAGAACGCAAUUUCGAAGGGAUCGACGGCCCUCUGGAUCAGCCGCCUACCUAUGAGCCUGAAUUGCACUCCACGUCGGUUUCCCUGCUCCAGAAUUCCAAUGACUAUGUCGUUAAUAAAGCCAGUCAUGAUUCGGACGCCGCAGGCCCACUAGCGAUUGACCCCCUUCAGACGCUCCUAACAAGUGCCGACACGCCGUGUUCUUCCGAUAUCUCCUCGGGACACGGGUAUUGGGUUUCAUCCAGCCCGGAGGAAGGCUCGCUCUUAGAGACGUCGAUACCUAUCAGCAAAUACAGCUCCCUGCAUGGUUGGGAUGGAUCAAUGGGCUCCGACCAAACUUCAGAUACACGUUGA